UUCACCUUUAUUUUUGGCACGCAGCGGAGAGGAGAAGCGGUUUGCCGCUGGCGGUUUGUUUGUCACUCGCGAGGAUCGCGCCGACGUGUGCGUGCCAUACGUGUAUUCGACCACGAACGAUGUCGACGACAUUCGAGAAGAGCAACUCGUCAUCUUUGACGAACGGCAGCAGCAGCAGGCUCUCGGAGACCGGGCACGAGGAUGAGCCGGCGAGGUUCUCGAGGAGGAUUCGGCUGAACGAGUGGACGUUCAGUCUAUCGCUGCUGGCCCUGUCGCUGUCGAUCGUCCUGGGCAAGCUGUGCGUCAGCUAUGGGAGCCCCUUGUCAUCUGGCAAUCGAUACUCCAUACCGUCGACGUUCACGCAAAUGUAUGACAGGAUACCGAGCGUGUCCGGUUUACCGAAACUCGACGUGAGACGGUUGACGUUGUUGGGUAGCGAAAGAUUCGUGAACGUCGGUAACGAGUACGCCGGGGCGGCUGCUAACGCGCUACUCACGUUUUAUCAGCAGUACUCGUGGCUCCUGGAGGCGACGGUGUGCGGGCUUUUAGUCACGAGCUUCACCUGGUUCAUCAUCUACAAGGACAGCAACGUGCCCGGCAUCAACCCGCCGUACCCCUUCAGCCCGCCUAGGCGGCGAAGCGUAUACAGUUACUCUGCAAGAGAAGGUCCAAGGAUCCAGGUGAACUAUCUGGUUGGCAUGGUCAUCGGGAUACUGUUCUUCAUCCACAUGUGCCUGUAACCCGGCGCUCGCAACGACCGCGGUCCUCCAGAUUUUUCUCCGCGUGUAGCAUUAUUUAUUUCGUUUGUCAUUGCGUUAUCAUCGAUAACGCCGCGCUUAUCUACGGGUUGCCUUCGUCGACGGUACACACGAGGAAGAUACCGAUGAAGGAUCAGCUGUUAGGUCUGCCAGCGUGCGACGCUUACGCCAUUUACUGUUAACGCUUUCUAGUUUUUUCUAAUUUCCGGGCGAGAAGUUAGAGUGAAAAAUACGUGGCGUAGACGCGCGAAGAGUACAAAGACUUUGGAUUGGAGUAACGCAGCGAGGGAGAAUGAAUUUUCUGAUUGAUAAUCUCGUUAUCAUUCAGACGAGACACAAACUGUCCAAGUACAAAACUCUCCGGUUAUCCGAAAUUUUAUACGACAAUCCACCAGCAUGUUAUCUAUAAGUAAGACUGAUUGUUUGUCUGAUAAAACGACAUUUAUUCAUGUAGUCUAGCAUAAGUAUUGCGAGAAGCUAGAGCUCGACCUUGUACGCAGGAUAUACGUUCUUUCGUCGCGCUAAAAAGGUAUUUAACGCGCUGCUCGCUAUAUGAUUCGUCAUGUUUGAGAUUUAAUUAAUUAAUUCGUAACGUUUAAGGGAUGAUUAAAAUCUCUCGUUGGAUUUUUUGUCUCGUCAUUUUCGCACUGGGCAUCUAAUAUUUAUUUAAUUAUUGGGCAUCUUAUAUUUAUUUAAGUACUAGAUUAUUCCGACGAGACGAGAGUUAGAAAGUAUAUAAGCGCGAGUUGCAGCUCCGCGCGACUUCCAAGUGAACUGUUACGCUGUUCAAUUUCAAGUAUUCUGGGCUGCUGAAAAUUAUUGCAAUGAAGUGCAAACCGACGCCAAAGGAACGCGGGACGCUUUCCCACGAAUGAUUGCCUCGCGUGAUAAGCUUCGUCAUUUCCAACAAUUAUUACACAAGUAUUACGUAUGUAGUAGAUGCGCUGAAAAACAAGGGCUUUAUUUUUCAAACGACUAAUUAUAGGACUAAUUAAGCGUUAAGGUUUCCAUUGUAACAUAAACGGUCGCUACCGCGAGCACUGUACGCUCGCACGGCAUUCUCUCGAAUGAAAUCUCUAUACGAAUUGCCUGUGAAAUGUAACAAUAAUUCUAGUUCAAUUAAACGCUUAAGUUAUAUUUCUCUAUCAAAAAUAA